AUGGGUGCAUUCCCUUGGCUGAGACAAGUGCCAAUCAUCGGGGAACUUGGAUAUCAUAAAAUUGAGAGGAACGUUAAACAAGUAAGUUAUUUUAAUACGUUUGUUAAUUAUCAUAAAUUUAUCGAAGAAGAAGUUACCAGUCAAAUGAAAGAGUAUGAUGGGGAGAGUGAACCGGAUAAUUUUGUUCAUGCCUAA